AUGCUCCCGAACCGCCUCGAAGUUCAGCUCCGAGGAGGAAGCGUCAGAGUAUGCGGUGAACGGUGCGUCCUGCCUUCGCUGCCCAGACGUAGCAAAAGUGCAGUCCAUCCAGAAAGUGGAAAUGAAAGAACCAUCCUGAAAAAGAUUUCAAAGAGGAAAGAAGAUAUUUUUAGAAAAAUGUCAGAAGACACAGAUAACAUUGCAGUAGAAGAAAAUGUAGAGAAGCAUCUCCAGAAAGAUUUAAAUAUGGAAGAAAAUCAAAACAUAAUAGAAACUCUGAGAGCCAAAGUAAGAGAAAAGCUAAAAAAUGCCAAGAUUAAUCAAGGCAAAAAAUCUUCAACUCAGCUGCUCAUUGAUAAUAAGAUAUAUCAGUGGUCUAAGGUGAAUAAGCAGACUGAAGUCUCACUGGAUGAAGGUCUUUCGUUUUUUAUUCUAAGUGGUGAAGAAGACUCAACUUUAGGCCAGUCUGCAGAGCAGAGAUCAGUAAAUGAUAGUUACCACAAACACUUUUCACUUGGUGAUAAUUUACAAAACUUUGCUGAGGGCCGAGAUGAAGAUUUUAUGGAAGAAGUCAUUUUCCUAGAUUUACUUGAAGUAAAGGCCGCCGAUUAUGAAGAUGACCAAGAACAAGUAAAAAAACAACAGGCAAAUAUUUUUGUUCCAAGCAAUUCUCCGGUGAUCAACCAACUUAAACUGCCAAAAGAUAUGAUGCCACGCAUUUUAGAAGAUGAAGGAUUCUAUGUUCACAAAAAGCCAGAAAUAUAUAAAAAGACCUGCAACAAAAUGGAAAAUCGCCUGCUUAAACUAGAAGAGGCAAGUUCACUAGCUAACAAGGGAAACCACUCACUGAUGGUGUGUGACAUUUGUUUUUAG